CCAGCCAAAGACAAGCGUUUUCAAUGGAAUAAUGUGGACACUUCCAAAAAGGGGGUCAAUGAUACAGCGUAAACGGAACUCUCCACAAUAUACUUACUGUAAGCGCCCGUUUAAAAAAGACAUCAGCAUGUAUACAACCUGAGAGACCAUACGCAGAUUUCGGCGAGCGUACAGCCGUUAAUUUCUCUCAGACAAUAAGCCGGAAAUCCACGCUUUGCCUGCGCAUUCCCCCUCCUCAUCCCUUCUCCUCGCACUACCCCCGUGUCUGACUGCAGCUGCUUCGUCAGGGAAGGGAAUCUGAAUCGUCGUGAUGCUGGGCAUGAUGGAGCCUCGCUUGCUCUUGCUAUUCCUGUGGAUUUUUUCCAUGAAACUUGCUAGCAUCCCGGGUUCGAAUGCCGAGGAGGACCAGUCUCAAGAUCUCGAAUGUAAAAUGAAAAGUGUAACCGUGUCCGCGUUGCCGUUUUUGAGAGAAAACGACUUGAGCAUCAUGCACAGCCCGUCGGCCUCCGAGCCCAAGCUCCUGUUCUCCGUCCGGAACGAUUUUCCAGGGGAAAUAGUCGUCGUUGACGACCUGGAAAACACCGAGCUUCCCUUUUUUGUGCUGGAGAUCUCUGGCAACUCGGAGGACAUCCCGCUGGUGCGCUGGAGGCAGCAGUGGCUGGAGAACGGGACGCUGCUCUUCCACAUCCACCACCAGGAUGGCAGCCAGAACCUGCCCGGCCUGGCCCCCACCGACUACCCCGCCAACGACUCUGCCGAGGAGGAGCUGCGCAUCCUGCACAUCUCUGUCAUGGGUGGCAUGAUUGCCCUGCUCCUCUCCAUCCUCUGCCUGGUGCUCAUCCUCUACACCCGCCGCCGCUGGUGCAAGCGCCGCCGCGUGCCCCAGCCGCAGAAAAGCGCCAGCGCCGAGGCAGCCAACGAGAUCCACUACAUCCCGUCGGUGCUGAUGGGCGGGCAGGCCCGCGAGAGCCUGCGCAACUCCCGCGGCCAGGGCCACAACUCCAGCGGCACGCUCAGCAUCCGCGAGACGCCCAUACUGGACGGCUACGAGUACGACAUCGCCGACCUGCGGCACCACCUGCAGCGGGAGUGCAUGAACGGCGGGGAGGACUUCGCCAGCCAGGUCACGCGCACACUGGACUCCCUGCAGGGCUGCAACGACAAAGCUGCCAUGGACCUCACACCUGGAAGUGACAAUACCAAACUGUGCCUCAUGAGCAAGUACAAGGACAACAUCAUCGCCACCAGUCCAAUUGAUGCCAACCACCAACAAAACACGCUUCUCCCGCACAACACCUCCAGCAACCAGCGCAAACGCCUGUCCAGCAAAACUCGCGCGGGUUCGGCCUUCCUGAACCCGGAUGGGGACUCUGGGACGGAGGCGGACAGCGAACCCCAGCUGACCUUUUACACUGACCCCAAUCGCAGCAGGCGUCGCAGCCGAGGUAUGAGAAAUGGUAAUGCCAACGCAGCUUGGGGCUCUGGGGGCUCCCCGCGAAGCCCCAUCAAUAAGACUACCCUGACUUUGAUCAGCGUGGUCAGCUGUGUGAUCGGCUUGGUGUACUCCUCGCACCUCUCCUGCGGCCUCAACGUCCGGGUCAUCCUGCACGUGCCGGAGCACCUCAUCGCCGAUGGGUCCCGGUUCAUACUGCUGCAGGGCAGUCAGCUGGACGCCAGCGACUGGCUCAAUCCGGCCCAAGUGCUGCUCUUCUACCAGCAGAAUGCCAGCGGGCCCUGGGUCAAUGAGCUGUGCGGCCGCCGCCUCCUGGACCCAUGUGAGCACCAGUGCGAUCCAGAGACAGGUGAUUGCCUUUGUUUUGAUGGCUACAUGAGGGAUCCAGUCCAUAAGCACCUCUGUAUUCGCAAUGAGUGGGGACCAAAUCAGGGCCCCUGGCCCUACACCAUUUUCCAGCGAGGGUUUGAUUUGGUGAUGGGAGAGCAGCCCUCUGAUCGGAUCUUCAGGUUCACUUACACUCUAGGGGAGGGCAUGUGGCUGCCACUUAGCAAGAGCUUCGUCAUCCCGCCCGCAGAGCUGGCCAUCAACCCCUCAGCCAAGUGCAAGACGGACAUGACGGUCAUGGAGGAUGCCGUGGAUGUCAGGGAGGAGCUGAUGAUAUCCUCGUCCUUCGACAGCCUGGAGGUGCUGCUGGACUCGUUCGGGCCGGUGCGCGACUGCUCCAAGGACAACGGCGGCUGCAGCCGCAACUUCCGCUGUAUCUCCGACCGCAAGCUGGACUCCAGCGGCUGCGUGUGCCCCCCAGGACUGAGCCCUAUGAAGGAUGGGACAGGGUGUUAUGACCACCACAUCGGCAUUGACUGUUCAGAUGGCUUUAAUGGCGGAUGUGAACAGUUGUGUCUACAGCAGUUGGCCCCCUUAGAUGAGGACCCCACCCUUUACAACAUUCAGAUGUUCUGUGGCUGUAUUGAAGAUUACAAGAGGGGCCCAGACGGACGCUCCUGCCAGCCCCUCUCCGAGGCCUGCACUGAGGGGCUGGACUGUGGCGAGACGGCCGACAUCCCUGCCAACCAGACCGUGUUCGGGGACCUCUUCUAUGGCUACAACAACCACACCAAGGAGAUAACUUCCGGCCAGAUCCUCAAGGCCACAUUCAGGCAGAAGAACUUCGCCAGGGGCAUCGCGCAGCAGCUCCCAGAUGGCAUGGUGGUAGCGUCGGUGCCAGCUGAGGUGCAGUGCCACGAGGAGCUGUCUGACCCAGUGCCCGAUCCAGAGUAUCUCACAGGGAUGGUGAACUACAGCGAAGUCUCUGGGUACCCCCUGGUCCAGCAGUGGAGGCUGAGGUCCAUUUUGUACCAUGUCAAGCUCAAUCAGUGGGCACUCUCCCAAGCCUUCAGCUCAGCCAUCCACUCCCUGGACGGUGCCACACUGCGAAAUGACUUUGUGUCCAUCCUGAAGGAUUUCGGGAACCACUUUGUGCAGGAGGCAGUGUACGGGUUUGAGGAAUCCUGCAACAUCUGGUACCCCAACAAGCAAGUCCAGAGACAGUUAUGGGUGGAGUACCAAGACAUCAGUAAAGGAAACUCCCCAUCAGAUGAGUCCGAGGAGCGGGAGAAGGAGCCCAGGACGCUGACGUACCCCGCCUACAUCGCCAGCCUGUUGGACUCGGGUGCCAAGCGCAUGGCCGCCGGGGUGCGCAUGGACUGCAGCAGCCAGGGCCAGUGCCCCUCCGCCUGUCACCUCUGCCACAUGAGCCCCGGGCCGUCCCGCCCGGCCGAACCCGUGCUCCUGCAGAUCACCAAAGCCGCCCCUCUCUACGAGCUGGUCUCCAACAACGAGACCUACCAGGCGCUGCAGGAGGCCAUGAAGAGCAUGCUGUGGUGCUCGGGGAAGGGCGACGUCAUCGACGACUGGUGCCGCUGCGACUCCAGCGCCUUCGGAGCGGACGGGCUGCCCACCUGCGCCCCGCUUCCCCAGCCCGUACUGAAGCUCUCUCACAUCUACGAGCCCAGCAGUUCAUUGGUCAUUAUGGAAUGGAACCACACAGAGCCGCCAAUCGGGGUGCGGAUCGUCGAUUACCUCAUCAGUCAAGAGAAGGUGACUGAGAGGACAGACCACUCCAAGGUGGAGACAGAGACGAUGUUGAGCUUUGUGGAUGACAUCCUGUCUGGGGCUAAGUCUCCAUGUGUGAUGCUGGGAGACAUCCCUGACCUCCUGACAUCCUCAAUCAGCAUGAUCAUCCGCUGUUUGGAGCCAGACACCACUUACAUGUUCAGACUGUGGGCAGUGGACAACACAGGCAGGCGUUCCAGCCCCAGUGAAAUCACCAUCAAGACGCCCUGCCCCGCCGUGGAUGAUGUGAAAGCACAAGAGAUUGCAGACAAGAUCUAUAACCUGUUCAAUGGCUACACCAGUGGGAAGGAGCAGCAGACGGCCUACAAUACCCUGAUGGACCUGGGCUCCCCUGCACUGCACCGUGUGCUGUACCAUUACAACCAGCGCUACGAGAGCUUCGGAGAGUUCACCUGGCGCUGUGAGGAUGAGCUCGGACCCAGGAAGGCCGGGCUGAUCCUCUCUCAGCUGGAUGAUCUGAGCGGCUGGUGCAGGGGGCUGCUCCAGGAGCCCAAGAUUGGCCUGCGCAGGGUGUCCCUCAAAUACCUCGCCUGCCGGUAUACCGACACCAAGGCCUUCGGCCUGAACUGGGUGGACCUGGGUCAGGACGUGCGCAAGGCCUGCGAGGAACAGCUCCUGCCCGUACUGUAUAAUGACUAUGGGGAGCCCAAGGAACUGUGAAGAACUGAGUGUUCGAUUUGCAGUGGCGGUGUGGACAAAAGGAGGCUGGGGAUCACAUUCAAAUCCAACAUAGCUGUCAGGAAGUAAAUGACCCCUCAAAUAAUGUGUUGUAAAGCUCUACAGACAAGGAUAGCAACCCCAUUGCUUCCGUUAGAUAAGUUAGUGUAUAUUUUCCCUGAUAACUCUCAGAACAGACAGCCAUUUUUUUGUUCCUUUUGGGAAAAUGGAAGGCUCACCAUCUGUAAAUAAGAAACUUCUAAAAGAACAGCUUUGUGUUCAUAAUGCUUGUCUUUAAUGUAUACUAAUGAGGGGAUAUGGAGACAAAGAGAGUUCAACUGAAAAGCAUUCCCCCAAAGUGUAUUAUAUAAAAAUGAUACAGUUUACUAAAAAUGUUGAAUGUAGUACUUACACUUUAGAACUAACUGUUGUACAGGUCUGUUUUUAUUAUUUUCUUUUUCUAUGUAGACAGUGUUAAGUAGUUUGGGAAGGUGGAACCAUUAUGUAUUAUGUCUUGAUCUGUGUUGCUAGUCUGACAAUACCUAAAGCUAUUAUACAUGGCAUAACCACUCAUUCCAGUGCAGCUUUCACAUAUUAUACUACUACACACUAUAAACAUGAAUAUGACUGGCAUUUAUAUGAAGAAAUGGUUGGUGGGAAGAUAAAUUUCUAAUGUAUAAUAUUUACUAAUAAUUUUUAAAAAAGGGCACAUCAUAACAGAACAUGAAACAAGUGCAUAUAUAUAGGUGUACUGGAUGCAUACCUGAUGGAAUAUGUUAAGACCUUUCACGAAUGUGUUUGGAUAAAACACCCUGAAAAAUAGUGAAUUUGCACUCUCUUGUGAAUCAAUGCACAAUUUUAUGUUCAGACAACAAAAGUGAGUAUUUGAUUCAACUGGUUAUUUUGCUACCUCAUGACACGUAGCACUUAAAAAAAACCUUUUGUAAGAAAAUAAAAUGAGGUCAGCACAAUCUCUGUCAACUUUAAUAUUUCAUUAAUGUUUAGGGGCUUCAGAAUGUAACAGGAGGUGACGUGUAACUUGCCCAUCUUAGAGGUAAACAUCAUCUUGGGAUUAAUUUGUAGUUUUCUGUCGCAGUGGAAAAACUACACAGUUGACGUUCUCACAGCUUAUUUUCUGUGAUCAGGGGGGCAGCGAGUAUUGGGCCUGUCAGCAAGCUAAUUGUCUGCAAAAGCCUUAAAAUACUUAAUUCUUGCAAGAACCCAUGCACUGAUCCAGGAUCAGAUAAUUUAAUGGAAAAAGAUGAAACACAUUGAUCAUUUUGAUUCAGACUCCCUAAAAUUCAGCUCUCUAAAAUAAUUUAAAAAUUUAUGAGGUCAGAUAUUUUUCACCUCAAAAGAGUGAGAGUGUACUAUCACACAGAUAAAUACUUGGACCAGGGAAAGGUAAGAAUUCAACAGUGCCUUCACGUCACAUUUAGCCACAACAACUAGAGGAACAGCUUGAGAAAAUGAUUUGUAUUUAAAUUCUAACAGCAAACCAAUGAUUAACACCUUGCAACCUUGAAAGAUAUUUCUAUCUGGGUGAGAAUAGCUAUUAGAUGAUGGAAAGCAUAUUAAAUCAUAGGACAGCUAUCGUCAAACAAUAAGAGUGGGAGCAUCAACCAUGUGCUGUUUUUUUUUUUCCACAGAAAACUAAAAAGGGUCUCCUGUGAGGUAGAAAUCUCUCUUGACUUUCUGCAGUGCUCUUUUCAUGUAAAGCUUGAGGAGUUAACAAGCCUAAAAUGCAUUAAUAGCUUUUUUAUGUUUACUUGAUUUCUUUAUGAAGGUGCAAUGUUAAUUACUACAAUUUGUUUGAAUUACUGUCAAGCAUUACUUUGACUAUUACAGGGUGAAGGUGGAUAAUAAAAGCGUCUGGAAAAUCUUCUUGAACGUGAUAGCUUAGUGCUAGAAGCAAAUUGAAGCAGGAAUCUAAAUGGGAGUUUGUAUUUGAGAAACCUUUUUCAAAUCUGCAUGCAGUAUGUUUUGUUAAGUCCAGGUCUCCCUGAAAUGUGAAACAAACCAACUGUGCACAUUUAACUUCGUUUAUCUUUACUGUUUCAAAGGAAAAUAAAGAAUGUAACCUAAAAUAUGUUGUAUGAU